CAAACUCACAAAUAUGAAAACAUACAUAGGAAUGGGAACACUGCGCAAUCCUUAUGUUUUACUACUAUUUCAUGUUCUCUUCAUUUUUAUACUUCCACAAAAAAUAACAUCAUCACCAAGAACUGAGGCAGAAGCUCUCGUCAAAUGGAAGAGCAGCUUACUACCAUCUGAUUCUCUCAAUUCAUGGUCCCUAGACAAUCUCGACGACCUUUGUAACUGGACUGGCAUUACUUGUGGUGCAGGAACAAUCUCGAAGCUCAACAUUUCCUAUCAAGAACACUACGGCACACUUGCUCACUUCAGGUUCUCUUCAUUUCCAAACCUCACUUCCUUGGACUUGAGCAACAAUCUUUUUUCAAGUAGUAUUCCUGUAGGAAUCGGAAAUUUAACACAGCUUCAGUACUUGAGCUUUUUCAAUAACAGUCUUAACGGUACCAUUCCUUACCAAAUUGGCCAACUUCAUAAACUAGAACAUUUUAGCUUGGGCUCAAACUACUUAGAUAAUCUAAGCUGGUCCCUGUUGGAUCAGUAUGUCAACUUAACUUACCUUGAUCUGUCGAUUAAUUUGUUGACAGGACGCAUUCCUGAUUCAGUGUUUCGUUUAUCUAAUCUUGAAUCCGUCCUGCUUAAUGAUAAUUUUUUUGAAGGGCCAUUGCCAGAAAAUGUUUCCAAGCUUUCCAAGGUAAAAGAACUUUAUUUCGGAAGAAAUAAGUUAUCAGGGUCUCUUCCUUAUAGUCUGGGUCUUCUAUAUAAUCUUCAAGUUCUUGAAUUGUAUAACAACUCAUUUACAGGAAAGAUUCCUUCUUCUAUAGGUCAACUUAGAGAUCUUCAGUCACUUGAUCUCCGAGAAAAUUAUUUGAACUCUACUAUUCCUCCUGAGCUUGGGUUUUGCACCAAGCUCAGUUUCUUGGCUUUAGCUACCAAUUCGCUCACUGGGCCUUUGCCUUGGUCCUUUUCAAAUCUUACACAAAUUUCUGUACUAGUCCUGUCAGAUAAUUUGCUGUCUGGUGAGCUCUCACCACAUUUCAUCGGCAACUGGUCUUUGUUAACAAAUCUGUACCUAGAAAAAAAUGCCAUCACUGGUAAUAUUCCUGCUGAAAUUGGUACGUUGUCGAGUCUCACAUACCUUUAUCUAUUCAAUAAUAAACUCAAAGGACCAAUUCCCAGAGAGAUUGGUAAGUUGAAUGAGCUUCUGGAAUUAGACUUGUCAGGAAACCAUCUUGAAGAUUCAAUUCCAUCAACAAUAGGGAACCUGACCAAAUUGACACUCUUACAUCUGUUUAACAAUAAUCUUAGCGGAACCAUUCCACUUGAGAUUGGUAACUUACCACUGCUUGAAAUUCUUGAUCUCAGCCAUAACCAAAUGUAUGGAGAGGUUCCAGAUUCCAUUACUAAUUUGAGUAACUUGCAGACACUUUCUUUGUUCACCAACAGAUUUCAUGGCAGCAUUCCGACGAACUUAGGAAAAAAUACUUCCUUUUUAUCUGUUGUUGACUUGUCAUACAACAGCUUCUCUGGUGCGGUGCCAGAGGGAUUGUGCAGUGGCUUGGCCCUCGAAUUAUUUACAGUAAUUGGAAACAAUUUUUCUGGGGCUUUGCCGAUUUGCUUAAGAAACUGCUCUAAAUUGAGUAGAGUCCGUCUCGAGGACAACCAGUUCUCUGGAAAUAUUUCUGAAGCAUUUGGUUUUCACCCGAAUCUUGUUUUUAUCUCUCUAAGUGGCAAUAACUUUAUGGGUGAACUCUCAUCCCAGUGGGGUAAGUGUGAAAGUCUUACAAACAUAGAGAUUUCUAAAAACAGACUUUCAGGCCUAGUACCAGCGGAGCUUGGAAACUUAAAAAAAUUACAAGCUUUAGAGCUGGAUUCGAAUGAGUUGACAGGUGAGAUUCCAAAGGAACUGGGAAACUUAGUCCUGUUGUUGAAACUCAACUUGAGUAAUAAUUAUUUGACUGGAAACAUCCCUCGGAGUUUAGGCAAAUUAACAAAGCUCAACCAUCUUGAUUUGUCUACAAACAACAUGAAUGGAAGAAUACCAAAAGAGCUUGGGAAUUGUGAAAGCUUAUUAAGCUUGAGCUUGAGUCAGAACAGUUUUUCAAAAGAGAUACCCUCAGAACUUGGAAAUUUGCGUCAGUUGCAAAUUAAUUUGGACCUGAGUAGCAAUUCACUUUCAGGGACCAUUCCUUCUAACUUGGGGAAAUUGAAGGUUUUGAUGGAUUUGAAUCUCUCACAUAAUCAACUCUCGGGUAGUAUUUUUUCUUCACUCUCUGCUGAUAUGUUUAGUCUGGAAACGAUUGAUUUUUCCUACAAUAACUUGUCUGGCCCUAUACCCUCGUUCCAACGAAAAGUUGCAAAAUAUUUCAUUGGGAACUCCCUUCUGUGUGGUGAUGCAAAAGGAUUGUCUCGUUGUCUGUCUACGCCUCUGAAGUCAUCCAAGUCCAGUAAAAAAAUUCUCAUCGGUAUCUUUGUUGCAGUGGGCAGCCUCGUAGUUUUCUGGAUUGUUACUUUUGGAUGUUUAAGGAGACAUAUGAAAAUCAAGAAAAGGGAUUUAGAGACAUUCAUUUCAGGACAAAUUAUGUCACUGAUUUGGGAAAGAGAAGGAAAAUUUACAUUUGAAGAUAUUAUUACAGCCACUGAAGAUUUUAGUGAAAGGUACUGCAUUGGAAGAGGAGGAUUCGGAACUGUAUACAAGGCCAAGUUGUUUAAUGGUGAGAUUGUAGCAGUUAAAAGGCUCAAUAUAACAGACUCCAGUGAUGUUUUGGCAAAUAAUCGAUGGAGCUUUGAAAACGAGAUACGAACCUUGACCGAAGUCAGGCACCGGAAUAUCAUCAAACUUCAUGGAUUCUGUUCCAAGGACAAUUCCCUUUACUUAAUAUAUAAAUUUGUCGAGAGAGGCAGCUUAGGGACAUUGUUGUACAGUGAUGGAGGGCCUUCUGAAUUAAGUUGGGACACAAGGGUAAGAAUUGUUAAAGGAUUGGCUCAUGCACUUUCUUACUUGCAUCAUGAUUGCUCUCCUACUAUUGUGCAUAGAGAUAUAUCACUGAAUAAUAUCUUGCUCGAGCCAGAUCUGGAGCCAAGGCUCUCGGAUUUUGGCACCGCAAGAUUUUUAAGUACCGAAUCCUCAAACUGGACUAAUGUUGCAGGGUCAUAUGGCUACAUGGCGCCAGAACUUGCCUUGAGUAUGCUAGUGACGGCUAAAUCAGAUGUUUAUAGCUUUGGAGUUGUGACAUUGGAGAUAUUCAUGGGAAGACACCCUGGGGAGUUCCUUUCAACUUUGUCCGGAAAUUCUGACUUAGCUCUGAAGGAUGUGCUUGAUCAACGACUUCCACCGCCGACAGAGAGAACAGAAGAGGUUGUGAAAGUUGUUAUCAGUGCAGCGCUAGCAUGUACACAUUCCACACCAGAGUCGAGACCUACCAUGCAUUCUGUGGCGCAAGAACUAUCAAGAAAAACUCAUGUGGAAGUCAGUACAUAUGCUCCUGAAACCUAAAAGGGUUAAUUGGUCAUUUAAAGCAAAGUCUAAUGUCUUUAUAUUGUACGGUUUUCCUAUGGUGCCUCAUUGGCACAUGUUAAGCACUAAAAUUUAUAAGUUUGAGUGAUUUUGAUUCUUUAUAA